GAGGUAGAUCCCCCUCGAAGCUCGAAAUCUGGUCUCUGGUCUCUCUGACCAGUUUGAGAAAAACUGCGAGAAAUGGAGCCUAAAGAGCAGAGCAAGGAGAAGAAGGAGAAGCUAUGGUUUUGGAAUUGGGUGAUAGCCUCAGUCAUUUUCAGACUCGUCCUUAUAUACUUUCCCAAAAACCUCAAUCUCGCUUCUCGCCCCGAAGUCUCCACCCCACUCACCAGCCUCCGCCGCCUGGCCGAGGGAUACUGGUUGAAGCAGUUAUCAAUGUAUCCCUACGCAGGAUCUAUGUACCAUGGUUCUCCAUUGCUACUUUCACUCCUUGGGCCACUCACGGUCAAAAGAAUUGAAGGGCAACCCGAUCACCUUUUAUGCAGUUUGGUUUUCGUGAUUGCAGAUAUUGUCAAUGCAAUGCUCAUUCGUGCUACCAGUCAGAAUCUUCAGAUGGAAUAUACUCGGAGUUUGAAACUUCUGGACCAUGUUAAAUUAUCAGAAAAGCCAGGUAAGAUCAUUCCUUCUGGAGAUAUUGCCGCUCUUGUGUACUUGUGGAAUCCUUUCACGAUAGUUGCAUGCGUGGGUUUGUCAACAUCCCCAAUUGAAAAUCUUGCCAUCAUCUUGUCCCUUUAUGGAGCAUGUAAACGACAAGCUCCUUUGGCAGCCUUUGGAUGGGUUAUAGCAACGCAUCUAUCCCUGUAUCCUGCAAUUCUGAUUAUUCCGAUGAUUCUUUUAUUAGGAUAUGGCCCAGAUACUCCUCCUAGGAAAUUGUUCCUGCAAAGAAGAAAUGUUGAAGUUGGAGAUAAUCCCCCAAAUGAUAGAUGUGAGCGAGAGGAAGUGGUACAUAGACCAGAAUUACCGCAUGUAUUCUCAUGGAGACCAGUCAUUCAUUUCUUAUGUUGGACUUCUUUGUGGUCAGUCUAUGUGUUAGUCCUAUGUGGCAUAUCUGUUAAACAGUAUGGUGGCCUCUGGGAGUUGUUUAAAAGAACAUAUGGGUUCAUGCUCACUGUGCAAGAUCUGUCUCCUAAUAUUGGUGUCUUAUGGUAUUUCUUUGCAGAAGUUUUCGAUUUUUUCAGAAACUUCUUUCUGAUAGUUUUCCAUGGGAAUAUUCUGUUUAUGAUGCUGCCAUUAGCCAUACGACUGAAACAUCGCCCCUGCUUUUUGGCUUUUGUGUAUAUUGCGAUCUCUUCAAUGCUUAAGUCUUAUCCUUCAGUCGGAGACUCAGCUCUAUACUUGGGUUUGUUGGGGUUGUUUGUUAACGAGCUUGCAGAUAUGCAAUUCUCUUUCUUCCUGUUCUGUGGUUAUGUUGGGGUUUCUCUCCUUAGCCCUGUGAUGCACAACCUGUGGAUAUGGAGGGGCACCGGCAACGCAAAUUUCUACUUUGCAACAGCAAUGGCUUAUGCUUGCUUGCAGAUUAUUUUGGUGGUUGAGAGUGUAAGCGCCAUGCUCAAUCAUGACAGAACGCUGAGAAAGCCUCUAACAGAGCUUCAAGAUGGCAAAAAUUGAGCACUUCUUGCGACUGUAUGCAUAUUUCUGAUCACUCGGUUUGGUGCUUUAGAGUUUAACAGCCACCAAAAUUCCAGUGGCAGUGCUGCUAUGGCCUUUCCUUAUCUUUUACUUCUCAUAGACAUAAUUGCAAAGCUCUCUCAUGAUGGAUCGGACGCCAUAGCCAUUCUCGUGAAAUGCUUUUUAAUCAGCAGCUUUCGGAUUCGUAGGAUUAACUAACUAGAUAACAAUGUUUCAGAGUAUUCUUUUCCAGUGUAAAUUAUGUUGUUGGAUUCUCAAGGCUCUUUUUGUAUUCGCCCUGUGCAUAUUCAAAUGACACAUACUCUUAACU